AAUGGCCUUUAAUAGCAAAUAUGAAGAUGUACAGGUUAUGCGGUAUCCCAAAGAAAAUUCUGGAAAAUUACUGAAGAAAUUUAUGAAGGUUAUAGAAGAAAAGUACGAUAGAAAAUUUGAAGGCUAUAAAGAUUUUCAUAAAUGGACUGUAGAAUAUCUGGAAGAGUUUUGGACAGAAAUGUGGGAAUUUACAGGAGUGAUAGCUUCGAAAAAAUAUGAUAAGGUUAUAGACCUAAGUGUGCCUAUGAAUGAACCCCCUGAAUGGUUUUCUGGAUCAAGAUUGAAUAUUGCAGAAAAUUUAUUAAAAUACAGAGAUGAUCAUGUAGCUCUAAUAUGUGCAA